CGCAUCUGGAACCCUCUUUUUUCAAAACUCGCUCCACCGCACCGCUCCACCUCUCCACCGGUUCUCCAUUUCUCCAAAGCGCCGUCAAACUCCUCUGCGCUCCUUCUUCUUCCCGCAUACACACAGAGCCCCACCACACAGACACCAAGCCUCGACGUUUUCCCACCUAGGUGUCCAGAAACCCCAAAACCCCUCCCAGCGAGAAACCCUAACCCUCGCGCUCUCGCUCUCCCUCUCCCUCUCCCGCUCCCGCUCCCGCUCCGUCUCACACCAGCGGAACCAUUUUUCUUUUUUGAAAACCGACUCUCCUGUACCGCUACACCGCUCGUUUUCCCUUCCCCGCACAACACAGACACGAAUCCGGCAUCCCACAACCAUCCCUCAACACAGCCACACACCUCCGGUGGACGUGAUCCCGCCACCGCUCCCGUCCCUAACCCUUGUCGCAGCACAGACAGGGCUGCUCCACCACUUCAAAUCCGUUACCGUUCCACAAAUACCCUCCCGCACCCGAACCCCGUUCCGGCGUCAUUGUCCAAAACCAAAAACCCCUUUGUUGGAGAAACCGUAACCCUAGAAACCGCAGGUUUGUUCUUCCUUGGUCAAUCCCGGAACCCCUGGAACAGUCCGAAUUUCCCAAUUUCAACGUUCUGCAUUGGUGAGGCUCAUUUUGUUUAAUCGCGAAAUAUUGUUUGGUUGUGGUGUUUGUUGUUUAUUAAUUGCAAUUCGUUAUAUAAACUUCUUACCCCAGUAGGAGAUUUUGGAGAUUUUGGCUACCUAUGGCAGAAGAAGAAGAGGGUGUAUCAAGGAAGGUAGUGGUUCGUAACCGUUGUAAAACAGACUACAUUGUUAAGGUUAAUGGAUUAUUGAGAUCAAGCCAUCGCUCUCGAAUUGGACGCACUCCAUUUAGGUGGUGUGUUGACAUGGUGAAACCGUUGGAUAUCAAUGGAGUUUUGCUGAAACACACACUUAGUCGGUAGGUCCCUGAACAUGAAAGCAUAUGUAUCAGGCAACAUUUGGUACGGUUGUCUGUUUUAGAUGUUUGUGUUUGUUUGGGUCUGAAUGCUGUUGGGGUUGAUGUUGAAUUCAAUAGUGUUGUGUGCGGGGUCAUAAAGUCAUUAUUUGAACAUGAACCAAUAACAAUAGAUGACAUUGUUAAUAGGAUAUACUUUUAUUUACAGAGUGGCGAUGACAAUGACAUUGACAAUGUAGACAAUGUUUGUCGUUUGUACUUGUUGUUGUGUUUUGCUCUUUUGUAUUUCCCUAGGACUUCUAGAACUGUCACAAACAUGCCAUUUAGAUUGUUGGAUAACCUUGACAACUUGAAUCAAUACAACUGGUCAAGGUCUGUCCAUAGUUUUUUAGUUGAAGGUUUCAAUCGUGCUUACCACACUUUAAGGGAAGAUCAAAACACGUCAGCCAUAACUGUAGCUGGGUCGGUGGCUAUUUUUCAGCUUUUGGUUUGUCGACUACUUAAUGUGGGGUCUUACGAAGGUGACGUUACUUUCCCCAGAAUUUUGAGUUGGCCGUCGUUGGUGAUUAGGACUCACGGAAUAAAAUCCGCAUUUGAAUCUAACAAGGUUGUUCUUGAAUGGGAAUUAAGUGAAGACGAAAAAAACAUUGAUGUUGUUCGUGAAGCCUUAAAUGUAGCUGGACAUGGCAUCCCAAAAAAAGGAGUAGAUGACAUGUCCUUUACUAAAUUUAAGCAAUGGUGCAAAAGGAAGCUGAAAAGAAAUUAUAGGGUUGUUCAACAACUAAAAGAUCAGCUUAGCAAUAUGGAAAAAGAGUACGCUUGUGGAGGUCAAGAAGCCGACCCAUCUUCCUUUGAGGAACCCGAACCCUCUCCCUUUCAUAAAGCUGAUCACUUUGAUGUUGAGGAGCCCCAAUGUCGUUCUUUUGACCACCCAUCUUCCUCCCAUCAACCUCAACCAUCUUCAUUUGAGCAAGGUCAUGCGUUUGAUGUUGAGGAGCCACAAUCACGUGAUUUUGAGGACCCAUCUUCCUUUCAUCAAGCUGAACCUUCUUGCCAUGAUAUAGGUGAUGGCUGUGAUGUUGAGGAGGCACAUGCAGGUCAUUGUAAUAAGCACGACCAAGGUUCUCCCGAAUACAAUCCUCAUGGUAUGGAAAUUAUUCCGUAUGUGGAACCAGGAAAAUGUUCUUUGGAUGUUGACUUAAGUGAACUGUAUCGCAUUCUUGUGUCACAAGAUGGGAGGCAAACGGUGGUUGACAUAAAUCAGCAGAUAUUAACCACAGUUGAGUCCUGUGGAUUUCGUCCUCGAGGAAAACUUUCAAACAUGGCCAUUUUGUUUGCUUGCAACAACUUCAUGUAUAGACAAAGAAAAUUCAAUGGGGUGAUCAAGAGAGUUGUGUUUGGUACUUUGUAUACGACUGUAGUUCUUGAAGACAGUAGAAAGGUGAAGGCAAAGAGACGUGAAUGGGUUUUAGGGGACUACAACAAUUUCCUUAGACGUGGACUAGUUUCAGUACACGAUAUACAUCAGGUUUCGUGUUUCGGUCACAACCCAUGGGUGCCCCCUUACCUGAACAUCACCGUUUGCAACAUUGUGAAGGUUUUUAAGAAUGACAUUAGUCCACCAACUGACCAUGAAGUUGAAGCUUCUAUGCCCGUUGUGCGAAACUACCCAGGAGAAUAUCUUGAUGUUGACGACAUUUUGAAGAAGCUGGUCCCUCCACCUAAAGUUGUUAUAACUGGUUACCAUGAAGACACUUUUGUUGCUGGAUCAUCAAGUCUCCCAUGUUCUAAUGCUGCUAUUUCUCUUGGUGCGGACUCACCACAUGGAAAUUAUGAUGCACAUCCCGAUGGGUCUACAACAUUUGAUGUUGAAUGCCCUGAUGCUUAA